ACUUUUUUGUAUCGAAGGAAUCAACAGCCGCCAUCUUGUCGCGGAUGAGCGUCAGGAUUUCGGGAGAUCAUUAUUUAAUUUUUUACGCACCCUGCUCCACCAGAACCGGGCCAAAUAUCUUCGUUGCGACGGAAACGACCAGCUUCGGGCAAAAUCGAGGAUCUUUGCGGCGAAUAUAGGCAAAAUGGAGCCGUUUUUGUGGUCGGCUGGAAAACCCCCGUAUAUCUGAUUUCCCCCUUCAGCGCGAGCGGCGCUCCUGUGCCACUCGCAGAUUCCAAAUAUAAUUAUUUCCUCGCGUUUUCGAUUUAUAUUUCAGGACUUUGUUGAUUUUUCGAUCGGAGCUGGAUAUGGAGCUCGUAGGUCUUUAUUUUUUUUCACAGAAAAACGCCUCUUUGGAGAGAUUCGCGCGAGCCACUUGAAGAAAUAGCACGGGUUGAUGCUUUUCCUCGUCGUUUUCCUCGGUUUUAACGAUGAUAUAAUUUAUUUUCGGGGGGUUUGGGGUGAUUAUUACGGUUAAUUAUGCGGGUUUUGGGUGUUGGAUUAUCAUGGGGUGAAUGGCGGUGGCGGAGCGGGGCGCUGUUGAGCCGCGUUUGAGCCCCAUCUGUUAAUUAUUGGCCCCUGAUCGCUGAAUAAUAAUAGAAAAACCCGAGGGUCCGUUUGAUUUAUUUCGCUUUGUCCCCCUCUUGGGCUCCGGGAAGACAAUUUUUUUGCUGUAACGUGUUUUUGUGAGGAAGACAGGAUGGCCGAUAAUCUGCUGGAAAUGGGUCCCCCCAACGCAAAACGGCCCAAGAUGAACUCACCUGCGCUACCCUCCUCCGACCCUCCAGACUUUGUGUCGCUGUUCGACUUGGAAAAUGAUCUUCCAGAUGAGCUGAUACCCAACGGAGACCUGGGGCUUAUGUCCAUGCCCUCAAACGGGGAUGGAGUGUUGGGAGGCCGGAUGGGGGUCAACGUACCGGAUGCUGCUGCCAAGCACAAGCAGCUGUCUCAGCUCCUGCAGGCAGGCCCUGGUCUGACUGGAAACCUCAGCCCUCAGCCUGGAAUGGGCGGCCAACUGGGCGCCUUGGGCAAAAGUCCCAUGGGUCAGGGUUCACCCAGUCACCAGACUCAGCCUCCAAAGCCUGUUGGCACUCCUACUGGUCAAGGCAACAACAGUCAAGGCAUGGGCAUCAAUGCUGGCUUUAACCAGGCUAUGAUGAACAAUAACAACCAGGCGCAUGGACACAUGGGGCAGAACAUGGCGCAGCAAGGGCAGAUGAUGAAUGGUGUCAUGGGGCCAGCUGGAAGAGGCAGGGCAGUGGCAGGGAUGCAGUACCAGGGUCAGGCCAUGCAAGGGGCACCUGUCGGAGGCGGCGCUGGGCCGGUGGUCAGUGUUUCGGGCAGCGUGCUGGCAGAGACGCUUACCCAAGGUGCACCACAGAUGGGGGCGCAUAAUGCCAUCAACCCUCAGCAAGCGGGAAACAUGAAUAAGAUGGGUCUUGCGAACGCUAAUGGCCCAUUCGGGCAGCAGUACGCGCAGGGUUCGGUGCAGCAGAUGACCGGCGCUGGACUAAACGCACAGCUCCAGAACAAGGCAGCUCUCUCCAACAGCCUCCAGCCCGCCCUGAAGGGCGCUUCCAGUGUGCCAAAUCUGUUGCAGCAGCAGGUGCCCUCUGUGGGCAUGGUCCCGGGACAGGGGGUGUCGGCGGGCCCCACAGCCGACCCAGAGAAGCGCAAACUGAUCCAGCAGCAGCUGGUCCUGCUGCUUCACGCCCACAAGUGCCAGCGGCGCGAGCAGACUAACGGCGAGGUGCGCGCUUGCGCGUUACCCCACUGCCGCACCAUGAAGAACGUCCUCAACCACAUGACCCACUGCCAGGCUGGGAAAUCCUGCCAAGUGGCUCACUGUGCCUCGUCUAGACAAAUAAUCUCUCACUGGAAGAACUGCACCCGGCACGAUUGCCCUGUCUGUCUGCCCCUCAAAAACGCCAGUGACAAGAGAAACCAGCAGCCGAUGUUGAGCUCUCCUAACACCGGCAUGCAGGCUACUCUGGGUCCUGUGGGCACCAGUCAGCCCGCCGCGCCGGCCAUCAGCAGCGGCACACACAUCGACCCCAGCUCCAUGCAGAGGGCAUACGCAGCACUGGGCCUGCCGUACGGCAACCAGCCAGCUGCGCAGUCGCAGGUGGCAGGACAGCAGCCGACGCAGCAGCAGCAACUGCGCACCAUGGCGGCAUUAGGCACUAACCAGAUGAACAUGGGAGGAAACGGUCUGGCCGAUCAGACGACCCUUCACAAUGAUUCCUCUCUCCCUUCAUCCCUCAACAGCAAUCUGAUGAUGCCGGAUGGGUCGAACAUGGGCGGCGUGGGGAACCUGCCCACCGCUGCGCCGCUGUCCAUGCCUGGCAUGAAGAAGCCCUGGCACGAGCACGUCACUCAGGACUUGAGGAAUCACCUAGUGCAUAAGCUAGUUCAAGCCAUAUUCCCCACACCAGACCCUGCAGCACUGAAGGACAGACGUAUGGAUAACCUGGUCGCUUACGCCCGUAAGGUUGAAGGGGACAUGUAUGAGUCUGCCAACAGCAGGGAUGAGUAUUACCACUUUCUGGCUGAGAAGAUUUACAAGAUCCAAAAAGAGCUGGAGGAGAAGAGGAAAUCCAGGCUGUCGAAGCCAACCAUGGGCGCUCCGGGUCCACAGCAGCCUGGCCUUCCACAGCCAAACGCUAUGGGACCCGCACAAGCCAUCCGGCCACCGAAUGGACCCGGUCCUAUGUCCAAUGUGCCAAAUCAUUUGAUGGCCCGCAUGCAAGUCCCUCAAGGGAUGGGGCAGUUCAACCCUGUGACAAUGCAGAACGUGCAGAUGUCCCAGUCCCAAGUGGGAGCACCACGGGCAGCGUCCCCUAUGACCCACCCCUCUCAGAUGGGCAUGGGCAAUGUCCCAUCGAUGGGUAUGUCUCCCUCCAGGAUGCAGCAAACGCAAGGCAUGAUGGGAGGUCACGCGAACAACAUGGUUGGUCAGACUCCCAAUCAGAACCAGUUCAUGAGCCAGACGUCAUUCUCAGCCACAGGCAUGAAUGUGAAUGUAAACCAGGCACAGCAGUCGGGACAGGCUGCCCCACAGCAGAACGCUAACCUGACCCUGAAUGCCGUGGGCUCCCUUGGCCCGCAGUCCGCUAUGUGCUCCACCCCUCCUCCGCCCUCAACCUCCACCCCUGCAGCUGCCGCUAGCCUUCAGUCGCUCCAGACCCAGCCCUCCACGCCGGCCUCCGCCGGGGGCCAGUCCACGCCCACCCACAUCCCCAGCGGUUUGCCCCGCCCUCCCUCUGUCCUGGGCUCCUCCCCCGCCCCCUCCCACCCGCUCACGCCCCUGCAGUCCCAGCCUGAGCCCCCCAUGCAGAUGCAGCAGCCCAACUCUGUGCAAGCACAGCAGCCUAGCACUCCGCUUUCUCAGAUGGCCGCUAGUGUUGAUAACAGAGUUCCCACGCCCGCGUCUGUAGCCGAGAGUCACUCCCAGCAGGCGUUGCCUGACUACCCUGCUGCUGAACCCAAAACUGAGCAUCAGGAGGACCAGCAGGACUUUGAGAAGCGACCUGACAUCAAGAUGGAGAAUGAAGAUGUCAAACCUCCUCAAGUGAAGGAGGAGCAGGAGACUGUAGAACCUAAACAGGAACCAAUGGAGACCGAGGAGAAGAAACCAGAGAUAAAGUCCGAGCUCAAAGAGGAGGAGGGGUCCAACGCCAGCAGCACCACGCCCUCCGGUCAAUCCAGCCAAUCACGGAAGAAAAUUUUUAAACCAGAGGAACUCAGACAGGCAUUGAUGCCCACUUUAGAAGCGCUGUAUCGGCAAGACCCAGAGUCUUUGCCCUUUCGCCAACCUGUGGAUCCCACUCUGCUGGGCAUUCCGGACUACUUUGACAUUGUGAAGAACCCCAUUGACCUUUCCACCAUUAAGAGGAAGCUGGACACCGGGCAGUAUCAAGAGCCCUGGCAGUACGUGGAUGACAUCUGGCUCAUGUUCAACAACGCCUGGCUCUACAAUCGCAAGACGUCUCGAGUCUAUAAGUACUGCUCGAAGCUGGCUGAGGUCUUUGAGCAGGAGAUCGACCCCGUCAUGCAGGGUCUGGGGUACUGCUGCGGACGCAAGUUCGAGUUCUCACCUCAGACACUUUGUUGCUAUGGAAAACAGCUCUGCACCAUAUCCAGAGAUGGCACAUACUACAGCUACCAAAACAGGUAUCACUUCUGCGAGAAGUGCUUCAAUGAGAUCCAGGGCGACAGCGUCACCCUGGGAGAUGACCCGGCACAACCACAUACUAUGAUAUCCAAGGAGCAGUUUGAGAAGAAGAAAAAUGACAUGUUGGAUUCUGAACCAUUUGUUGAAUGUAAAGACUGCGGCAGGAAGAUGCAUCAGAUUUGCGUUCUGCAUUAUGACGUCAUCUGGCCGUCAGGUUUCAUCUGUGACAACUGUCUGAAAAAGUCAGGAAAAUCGCGGAAGGAGAACAAGUUUUCUGCUAAGAGGUUGCAGACCACGCGGUUGGGCUCGUACAUUGAAGACCGGGUGAAUAAGUACUUGAAAAGGCAGAGUCACCCUGAAGCCGGAGAGGUGUUUGUGCGGGUGGUGGCCAGCUCUGAAAAGACCGUAGAGGUCAAACCUGGAAUGAAAUCCAGGUUUGUUGACUCGGGGGAGAUGUCAGAAACCUUUCCCUACAGAACCAAAGCACUUUUUGCAUUCGAAGAGAUUGACGGAGUGGAUGUGUGUUUCUUUGGCAUGCAUGUCCAGGAGUAUGGAUCCGAGUGUCCUUUUCCCAACACCAGGCGGGUAUACAUAUCAUAUCUCGACAGUAUUCACUUCUUCAAGCCUCGGAUACUAAGAACUGCAGUUUACCACGAAAUCCUCAUCGGUUAUCUGGAGUAUGUCAGGAAACUUGGGUAUGUGACUGGCCACAUAUGGGCCUGCCCACCAAGUGAAGGCGACGACUACAUCUUCCACUGUCAUCCUCCAGAUCAGAAGAUUCCCAAGCCCAAGAGACUCCAAGAGUGGUACCGCAAAAUGCUGGACAAGGCCUUUGCAGAAAGAAUCAUUAAUGACUACAAGGACAUAUUCAAGCAGGCCACAGAGGACCGCUUGACAAGUGCCAACGAACUGCCCUACUUCGAGGGUGAUUUUUGGCCUAAUGUUCUAGAGGAGAGCAUCAAGGAGCUGGAACAAGAAGAGGAGGAGAGGAAAAAGGAGGAGAACACAGCCUCCACUGAGACAACAGAGGGAACUCAAGCCGACAGCAAGAACGGCAAAAAGAAGAACAAUAAAAAGACCAACAAGAACAAGAGCAGCAUGAGCCGCGCCAACAAAAAGAAGCCUGGGAUGCCGAAUGUAGCUAAUGAUUUGUCCCAGAAGCUUUAUGCAACGAUGGAGAAGCACAAAGAGGUCUUCUUUGUGAUCCACCUGCAUGCCGGUCCAGCGGUCAACACCCUGCCUCCGAUCAUGGAUCCUGACCCACUUCUGACCUGUGAUUUGAUGGAUGGCCGUGACGCCUUCCUGACGCUGGCCAGGGACAAGCACUGGGAGUUUAGUUCCUUACGUCGCUGCAAAUGGAGCACUAUGUGCAUGCUGGUGGAGCUACACAAUCAGGGCCAGGACCGAUUUGUAUAUACCUGCAACGAGUGCAAGCACCACGUAGAGACACGUUGGCAUUGCACCGUCUGCGAGGACUUUGAUCUAUGCAUCAACUGCUACAACUCCAAGGGUCAUGAGCACCAAAUGGUCAAGUGGGGUUUGGGCCUGGACGACGACAGCAACAACCAGAGCAGCGAAGCCAACAAGAGCCCGCAGGAAAGUCGUCGCCUCAGCAUCCAACGCUGCAUCCAGUCGCUGGUGCACGCCUGUCAAUGCCGCAACGCCAACUGCUCUCUGCCGUCCUGCCAGAAGAUGAAGCGGGUGGUGCAGCACACCAAGGGCUGCAAGCGCAAGACCAAUGGCGGUUGCCCCGUCUGUAAGCAGCUCAUCGCUUUGUGCUGCUACCACGCCAAGCACUGCCAGGAGAACAAGUGCCCAGUGCCCUUCUGUCUCAAUAUCAAGCACAAGCUGCGACAGCAGCAGAUUCAGCAGCGCUUGCAGCAGGCGCAGAUGAUGCGGCGGCGCAUGGCGCUCAUGCAGGGCAGAGGAAUGCCUCAGAGUCUGCCCUCCCCAACUACCUCAGGAGGUCCGGGGACACCCAACUCUCAACAGCUGCAGCAGCCUAACACCCCUCAGGCCCCUCCAACAUUAGCCAACCAGCCCCAGCAGCCGCAUCAGAACGUGGCCGGAAUGGUUAAGGGCUUCCCCAGCCAACCUCCUACACCUGGGUCCCAGGGAAAACCGGGACCACAGUCCUCGCCUUUGCCCCAGCAACAGUCUCCUCUGCCUAUGCCUCCCCAACAGCAGCCGCAGCCCUCUCCACAGCAACAUGCUGCAAUGAAGGCUGUCAAUCAAAUGGAGAUGAUGAACAAAAACAAGCAGCUCCAACAACAACAACAACAGCAGCAGCAGCAGCCAGACCACAGAAUGAAUAUGAACGGCAUGCCGAUGAACCAAGCCCGCAUGAUGAAUCCAAUGCAGAUGAUGGGUCCCCGUGGUCCUCAGAUGGUUCAGAACAUGCAGCCCGGCCAAUGGGGACAGGGGAUGCAAGGAGUCAUGCAGAAUCCGCAGGCGCCUCCGCCGCAGCAAGUUCCCCCUCAGCAGAUGGCCAUGAGCCCGCAGCAGCCUCAGGUAAUGCAGACGCCGCAGCAAGCCCAGCUGAUGCAGCGCGCUAUGAUGCAGCAGCAGCCACGGCAGAUGCAAAGCGUUAUGCCUCCCCAGCAAGCGCCACCACAGGCCCCUCAGCAGCAGGGCCUGCAGCAAAGAGGAGUGGCCAGCAGUAUCGCCCCAGGAGCGUUGCAAGACCUGUUGCGCACCUUGAAAUCGCCCAGUUCCCCUCAGCAGCAGCAGCAAGUCCUUAAUAUCCUCAAGUCCAAUCCCCAUCUAAUGGCUGCGUUUAUUAAACAGCGGACGGCAAAGUAUCAGUCCAGCCAGCCGCAGCAGGCGCAACAGCAGCAGAAUCCACAGGCCAUGCUCGCAGCCCAGCCAGGAAUGCAGAACAUGGCAACCAUGCAGGCCGGUGCCGUGCAGAGACCUGGCAUGGCCCCUCAGCAGCCUCAACAGGUCGCUACGCAGGCCAUGGCAGCCCUCGGCCCGCAGGGACAAAUGAUGAACGCGGCACACAACGGAAACCAGCAGCAGAUGUUCCGUCGCCAGCUCUUGCGUCAGAUACAACAGCAGCAACCCGGAGCCAUGCAGCCUGGACAAAGAUUCCCGCAACCCCAAGGCGCGGCUAGUUACUCACAAAUCCGGAUGCAGCAGCAGAUGGCCAUGCAGGGAAGUGCUGGGCCCAUGGGUCAGAUGACACCCAUGGCUCAAAUGGGCCAGCCUGGUAUGAGUAUGGAAGCCCAGCAAAGUAUCCUGCAGCAACGCCUGCUGCAACAUCAACAACAGCAGCAACAGCAGCAGCAGAUGCUGAAGCAGCAGAUGGGGUCGCCGGCACAGGCCGCUUCCAUGAGCCCGCGACCCCACAUGCUUGCAGGACAGCAGCAGGCCAUGGCCAACACCCUGGGCAACCAGGUGAGGUCACCCGCCCCCGUGCAAUCGCCCCGUCCCCCCUCCCAACAGCCACCACAUUCCAGCCCUUCCCCACGCAUGCAGCCUCUGCCCUCGCCGCAGCACGCUCCCCUGCACUCCGGCUCCUCUCACCCGAGCCUCGGGGGACCCAUGCAGGGACCCAUGGACCAGGCUCACCUGUGCACACCUGAGCAGAGUGCAAUGCUUCCUCAGCUGAACACGCCAAACCGUGGAGGACUGACUAACGACUUGAGUAUGGUCGGGGACACCACGGGAGACACGUUAGAGAAGUUUGUCGAGGGAUUGUAGCAUUAAGAGACAUUCUGAAGGACAACGGUGCACGUUGUACUGAAUUUUGAGAGGUCGUCAGAAUACGACAAAGCAACGGACUGUAAUAGGUUUACACAACCAGUGGACUGCUUUUUCCUGUGUUGGAGAGAUUCAAAUGACUGUUUCAAGAGCAGAAUCACAAAGGAGGUUUUUGAGAAGGGUUGGUCUGACCGGCUGGAAUGCAGUCCUGGUCCAUGUGUUACGUUUUUAAUUUGUUUUUGUUUUGUUUUUUGUUCUAGGGCAGGGGUGUUAUGGACUUUUUAAUGAUAUUUCUCAAGGCAAAAUAUUUGAUUUUAUUAUUGAAUACUUUACUUGCGUUUUGGAUGUUUGCAAACUGAAAUGCAUUUUUUUUUCUGUGUGUGUGCUGUUUAGGGACUGUAAGAUAUUUGGUGUGGAAUUUGGAUUAAUCCUCAUUCCGUCUGUAUUCACAUUUACUAGGUUUGGAAAAGGACGCGCGCAGCCUUUUUCUCUCCGGACUGUGGAGUUUGUACAGAGGACCUGUAUUCAUUUGUACAGAAAGGAGCCUUGGCUACUGCACACACACGAACACGAGCAAAUGGUGAAAAGUUGCUCUUAUUUUUCAAGGUGCCCAAAUGCGUUAAUUUAUUGGCCUGAAUUCAGUAGUUGUUGCUUAAGAUGUAGGAAAAAUCUUCCUCUGUUUUCUUGUUUGAUCUCUGAAACAUCAAUGAUGUCCCCCUCUGCCUCGCUUAUGAGGCCGGAGUUUCUUCUGACUGCUGAUUUCUUCAAAGAGUUCUUCAGUCGACCUCUUUUUUUUCUCAAUGAAACUUGAAUUGAAGGUGAACGAUUCUUUAAUGUAAAUCAUGCAGCUCGAUGACACUGUAAAUAAAAGGAAAAAAGAUUGAGAUCGCUGUAUAAACUGGUUAAGAACUUGUUUCGUACUUAUAUACCAUAUUGUUAAAUAAACUGUGUGC